GCCUCGGGCGGAUUAUGUCAACCCCGCGGCAGCCGCAGCCCCGAGCUGGGAGCGGCAGGAGCAGGCUGCCCCACCCCCCCAGGGCCGCGGCCAUGGCGCUGCCCCGGGGGCUCGGCCUCGUCCUGCUGCUGCUGCUGGGGGGGCGCGGCCGCGCCAUCGUCAUCCCCCCCGAGUAUUCGCUGCACGAGCUCCAGCAGCCCCCCGAGCUGACGGAGCAGCCCCCGGAGCAGCUCGUGGUGUUCCCCAGCGAUGACGUCACGCUCAAGUGCGCGGCCACCGGGGAGCCCCCCGUGGAGUUCCGCUGGACCCGCGAGGACCGCCCGUUCUCGGGGGAUCUCCCGGGGGUCUCGGUGUCCCCCGGGGGGGGGACCUUGGUCAUCAACGCCAGCGUGGCCGGGCAGCUGCAGGGGAGGUUCCGCUGUGCGGCCACCAACGCGCUGGGGACGGCGCUGAGCCGCGAGAGCCGCGUCAUCGCUGAGAACACCCCGCAGUGGCCCAAGGAGAAGGUGACCCCGGUGCAGGUGGACGAGGGGGACCCCGUGGUGCUGCCCUGCGACCCCCCCCGGAGCGCCGUGCCCCCCAAAAUCUACUGGCUCAACAGCCAGAUCGUGCACAUCGCGCAGGACGCGCGGGUCAGCAUGGGCCAGGACGGGUUCCUGUACUUCGCCAACGCCCAGGUGGGCGACACCAGCCCGGAUUACAUCUGCCACGCCCAUUACCUGGGCCCGCGCACCAUCAUCCAGAAGGAGCCGCUGGACCUGCGCGUGGCGCCCAGUAACUCGGUGCAGUCCCGGCGGCCCCGCCUGGUGGUCCCCAGGGACCCCCACCCCACCCACGUGGCACUGAGGGGGGAGACCCUGGUGCUGGAGUGCAUCGCCGAGGGGCUCCCCACGCCCUGGAUCUCCUGGCGCCGCCUGAACGGGCCGCUGCCGCCGGGCCGGGCCGUGCUGGACAAUUUCAACAAGACGCUGCGGCUGCGCGCCGUGACCGAGGCCGACGACGGCGAGUACGAGUGCACGGCCGAGAACGGGCAGGGCAGCGCGCGGCGCAGCCACGGCGUCACCGUCGAGGCCGCCCCGUACUGGGUGCGCCGCCCCCGCAGCGCCGUGUUCGGCCCGGGCGAGACCGCGCGCCUGGACUGCGAGGUCGGCGGCAAACCCCGGCCCCGGAUCAGCUGGAGCCUGAACGGGAUCCCCCUGGACGAGCUGCCGGACUCGGGACGCCGCUCGCUGCGGGACGGGGCUCUGGUCCUGUCCCGCCUGGAGCCCAACGAUUCGCUGGUGGCGCAGUGCGAGGCCACCAACAGCCACGGGCGGCUCCUGGCCAACGCCUUCGUCUACGUCGUGGAGCUGCCGGUGCAGAUCCUGACUCCGGACGGGGAGCGUUACGCCGCGGUGGAGAACCAGACGGUGAUCCUGCACUGCCGCACCUUCGGGGCUCCCGCGCCCGCCGUGGAGUGGCUGACCCCCACCCUAGAACCGGCCCUCCAGGACGAUCGAGCCUUCGGUUUCACCAACGGCUCGCUGCGGCUGGGCCCGGUGCUGCGGGGGGACUCGGGGGUCUUCACCUGCCGAGCCCACAACGCGCACAGCAACGGCAGCGUCAGCGCCCGGCUCCGCGUGCACGCCGCCACCCGGAUCGCGGUGCCCCCCCAGAGUGUGACAGCCAAGAAGGGCGAGUCGGUGACGUUCAGCUGCGGGGCCACCUUCGACCCCGGCCUGGAGCCCCGCGGGCUCCUGUGGCUGCGGGACGGGACCCCCGUGACCGAGAGCCCGGACAGCGACAAGUUCUCGGUGGCCGGGGACUCUCUCACGGUGGCCGCCGUUGACUACGGGGACCAGGGACGGUUCCGGUGCCGAGCCUGGACCCCGCUGGACGCGGCCGAGGCCGAGGCCGAGCUCAGGGUCGUGGGCCGCCCGGGCCCCGUUCGGGACCUGCAGCUUCAGGAGUUGGGCGAGCGCCGGAUCCAGCUCAGCUGGACCCCGGGAGAGGAGCACAACAGCCCCGUGGAGAAGUUCGUGGUGGAGCAGGAGGAGGGGAUCUUCUCGCCGGGCCGGUUCCAGGAGGUGCUGACGGUGCCGGGCUCGCAGCCCAAGGCGCGCCUGGUGCUGUCCCCGUACGGCAGCUACCGGUUCCGCGUGCUGGCGGUCAACGGCUACGGCCGUGGGGAGCCCAGCGCGGCCAGCGCGGCCAUCAGCACCGACCCGGCCGCCCCGGAGCGGUACCCGAUGGGGGUGAAGGGGGAGGGGAACGAGACCAACAACCUGGUGAUCACCUGGCAGCCGCUGUCCCCCGGGGACUGGAACGCCCCCCAGCUCCGGUACCGGGUGCAGUGGCGGCCCCUGGAGCCCGAGGGGGGUCCCUGGGCCGAGGCCACGGUCGAGUCCCCCCCGUUCGUGGUCCGGGACACCCCGACCUUCAGCCCCUUCAAGAUUCGGGUCCAGGCCCUCAACGACGCCGGGAAGGGCCCCGAGCCCCCCGAGGUGGUCGGAUACUCCGGGGAGGAUCUGCCCCUGGUGUACCCCGAGAACGUGGGGGUGGAGGUCCUGAACAGCAGCAGCGUCCUCAUCACCUGGACCCUGGAGGGCAGCACCAGCCGCCUGCGCGGCCACCUCAGGGGCUACCGGGUUCUGUACUGGCGCGACGGCUGGGUCGGGGAGCGCUCGCGGCGCCACGCGCUGCCCCCCGCCACCCCCGAGCCCCCUCCCCAGCCCGGGGUGCUGACGGUGCCGGGCCAGGCCAGCGAGGCCCUGCUGGGGGGGCUGCAGCCCUGGAGCCGCUACCGCCUCAGCGUGAGGGUCUUCAACGGGCGGGGGGCCGGACCCCCGAGCGCCGAGAUCCACUUCCACACCCCCGAGGGAGUGCCGGGCCCCCCCGAGGAGCUGCGCGUGGAGCGGCUCGGGGACACCGCGCUGGGGCUCGAGUGGCGGCGGCCGCGGCUCCCGAACGGGGUCCUGAGCGGGUACCUGCUCCAGUACCGACUGGAGAACCAGACCGAGGGGGAGGACCUGGAGAUCUCCUUCCCCCCCGGGACCCUGAACACGACCCUGGCCCGGCUGGAGCCGCGCGGGCGGUACCGGCUGGAGCUGCGAGCGCGCACCCGGCACGGCCCGGGAGAGCCCCUGGUGCGGCUCGGCAGCCUCGCCCCCGAGCCCGUGCUGCCGGUUUUGGGCACCAUCGAUUUUGGGGAGGUGGGCGAGGAUUUCACGGUGCUGCGCUGGACCCUGGCCCAGCCCCAGGCCAACAUCGAGUUCGAGGUCGAGUACAUGAGCAAAACCACUGAGGAGCCCUGGCGCUCCUCGGGCCGGGCCAACUCCUCGCUGGGCCGGUACCGGCUCGGGGACCUGCGGCCCGGGACCUCGUACCGCGUUCAAUUCGUGGGGCGGAACCACUCGGGGGAGCGCGUGGCGUUCUGGGAGAGCGAGGUGCAGACCAACGGCACCAUGCUGCCGCGCCCCGCGGGCGGCUUCGCCACCGAGGGUUGGUUCAUCGGCUUCGUCAGCGCCGCGGUGCUGCUGCUCCUGCUCCUCCUCAUCCUCUGCUUCAUCAAACGCAGCAAGGGGGGCAAGUAUUCGGUGAAGGACAAGGAGGACACGCAGGUGGACUCGGAGGCGCGGCCGAUGAAGGACGAGACCUUCGGGGAGUACCGGUCCCUGGAGAGUGACGGCGAGGAGAAGGCCUCGGGCAGCUCCGGCCGCUCUCUGGGCGCGGCGGGCGCGGCGCUGGGCAGCGACGACAGCCUGGCCGGCUACGGCGGCAGCGCCGACGUCCAGUUCAACGAGGACGGCUCCUUCAUCGGCCAGUACAGCGGCACCCGCGGCACGGCCGCCGGCAGCUCCGGCCCCGCCAGCCCCUCGGCCGCCGCGCCGCUCGACUGAGUGACCGGAGUGACCGCUGCCGGAGUGACCACUGUGGAGUGACUGCUGCCAGAGUGACAGCUCUGGAGUGACCGCUCCUUCAACUGACCACUCCCAGAGUGACCACUGCCAGAGUGACCCCUCCAGAGUGACCGCUGGCAGAGUGACCACUCCGGAGUGACCGCUGGUGGAGUGACCACUAUGGAGUGACCACUCCCAGAGUGACCGCUCCUUUGACUGACCGCUCCUUCAACUGACCAGUCCUUCAACUUAUCACUCCUGGAGUGACCGCUCCUUCAACUGAACGUUCCUGGAGUGACCACUCCUUCAACUGACCACUCCUUCAACUGACCACUCCCGGAGUUACCGCUCCCGGAGUGACUACUCCCAGAGUGACCGCUCCUUAGACUGACCAUUCCCUCAACUGACCACUCCUUCGACUGACCACUCCCAGAUGUGACCACUCAUGGAGUGACCACUCCCUGGAGUAUCCACUCCCUUGAGUGACCGCUCCCCUCAACUGACCACUCCUUCGAGUGACCACUCCUUCGAGUGACCCCCUCCCAUGACUGACAACCCCGUGACUGACCGCCCCUAGAGUGACCAAUCCCCUCAAGUGACCAAUUCCCUUGAGUGACCAAUCCCCCUGACUGACCACUCCCUUGAGUGACCAGCACCCCAACUGACCACCCCCCUCGACUGACUGCCCACCCAGACUGACCCCCCCCAACUGACUCCCCCCUGAACUGACCACUCCCUCUGACUGACCACCCCUGUCGGCCUGGGGGGGCACUGGGGGGCACUGGGGGUGUCCCCACGGCCAUGGGGACGUUCUGAGGGCGUGGUGGGGCCACCAUGGCCGUGGGACCCCUCCCCAAUGUCACAGUGGGACCCCCC